AGACACAGCGGCUCCAGACGGCCCGCGCCUGAGUGAAUUGAGCUGGAGAAGAGAAUGGCAGCAGAAUAACGAUUCCUGUCUCACCUCGUGUCACUGUAGUCCAGUGCUGUUUACAUUACCGAUAAGCGAGACGCGAGCGGACUCGUUCCGAUUUCUUCUUCUUCUUCCUCUACUUCUUCUUCUUCUUCUUCUUCUCUUUUUUUUUUUUUUGAAUGAGAAGAUGAAGGCUACCAUUCCGCCUCGGGCCCGGAGGGACUCGUGCAGCUGCGCUGAACUCUCGGUCGAGCCGGAUCUGUGCUGCCUACAGCACGACAUGAACGACUGCUACAGCCGGCUGAAGCGCCUGGUGCCCACCAUCCCGCAGCACCGGCGCGUGAGCCGCGUGGAGAUCCUACAGCACGUCAUCGACUACAUCCUGGACCUGCAGCUGGCGCUCGAGCGCACCGAGCACACCGAGCACAGCGGGACGUGGCCGCGGAGCUCCAUCCGCACACCCCUGUCCGUCCUCAACACAGAGCAGAGGACACCAGUUGUCAACAAGCCGGAGGACACGAUUUUGUGCCGCUGAGAUGCAGCAUAUCACAGUGGUGUGCAGUGAGCCCGUCCAAAGCCAAGCCAAGCUUUGGCAGCGAAUCCGACACACACCAGGCCCAACGUGGGAUUGCAAAGCAGUUCUGAAACUAAUGGCUUUUAAACCAUAAUUUAUAAACAUUUCAGUGUUAACUGUCAGUGAUGGCUGAGGCAGCCAGUGUUCUUCUCCGUUCACUCUAUUUUCUAUCAGUGAAGGAAAUGCUGAAUUUGAAUAAAGAUAAAGUCUCUUUCUUUCUCUUUCGCUUUCUCUCUCGCUUUCUCUCUCUCUCUCUCUCUCUCUCUCUCUCUCUCUCUCUCUCUCUCUCUCUCAUAUUUUCUCAAUGGUAUGAUUUGGUAUUUAA